GCCGGCACGCGCCCCCCCCCGCGGUUUCCGGGGCCGGAGAUAGACGAGGGGAAGCCUAGCGGGGCCGCCUUUCUGUCCCUUUCCUCCCGCCAUGGCCGCCCCCAACCCGGUCUCGCCGCCGCAGAAGUCGGCCUUCUGGUCCUGCCUGAGCUGCCGCCUCCUGAGCGGGGCGGCGCUGAUCGGCUCCGGAGUCUGGGUCUACCUGGGCCCCCGGCAGGUCAUGCAGCAGCGGAUCCCCCCCAACAUGUGGCACAUCGCCCAGAUGACCUUCGCCGUCGGUCUCGUCUGUUGGGGCGUUGUAGUCAUCACCGACCCCGUGGGGAAGCAGAAGAGGAAAGGGGAGUGAGGGAGGCGCCUUCUCCGACCGAGGCCCACCCCGCUUAUGCACCCCGGCUUUGAGCCAUGAACAAGGAGGCCCUCUGGACCACGCUUGGAGGUCAGCAGCCCGGCCUGCGUUUACUUCGGGCCAUACAGACUGGGGGGAGCGCGUUGCUUUCUGCAAAGCAGAGGUUGGCGCAGAAACGCUGCCACCUUUGGUCCUGAGGCAGGACAGCACCUCCAUCCGUGUGCAUGUGGGAAAACGCCUGUGUACAUAUUAACUGAGUCUGUUCUGAAUAAACCCAGUUCUACUUAUGAGGUCAGAACACCCUUUGGCAUCAUCAGUGGCUCCGUGUCGCUGUCAGGCACUCCAGGUGCAAAAGAACCCCCCCCCCCUUUGCAGCCAUGUACUGUGUGCACAGCUGGAAGGUGGGACCGACCAUGGCGUGCUGCAGGGGUGUGUGUGUGUGUGUGUCCAUUUGCAGCACAUUAAAAGUAAUAUUAAUGAAAGCAA